CCAUCAUUCUUCCUGUCAUUUUAAUCCUUAAAACCAUCAUUCUAUGUUAGAUGUUUCUUCUCCACUCUGAGUCAUCUCACCUCUGAAAUCCUUGCUGUCAUUUAAAUUUUUGGCAAGCAGCAGCCGUUUAUUUGGAUCUUGGAUGAGAACUAGAUCCUUUUCUGCAAUCAUCAGCAAUCAUGCUACCAUUUCUCACUGGUGUGAAUGAUGUGGGACCUGUGAACGUAAAGAUUUUAAAAUGGUGAGCAUGAGAAGGACCAAGUUAGACAUCAGGAAAUCCUCUUGCUACACUUGAACGUUAAAGGGAACGAAUAAUAAACAAGAUUAAAAGCCAGACAUGUUCUCCCUGUUUCAUGGACUUUGGAAGUAUCUCUUCAGUAAGGCAGAGUUUCAUGUUCUUAUUCUUGGAAUUGACAAGGCUGGGAAAACAACUUUACUAGAGAAGUUGAAGGCCCUAUACACGAACCUGGAAGGUCUCCCCCCUGAUCGAAUUGUUCCAACUGUGGGACUCAAUAUUGGUCGUGUUGAAUUGUCAAAUACAAAACUUGUAUUCUGGGACCUGGGAGGUCAGCCCAGUCUUCGCUCAAUUUGGGAGAAAUAUUAUGAAGAGGCACAUGCUGUGGUAUUUGUAAUUGAUGCUUCUUGCCCGUCACGUUUUGAAGAUUCAAAAUCAGCAUUGGAAAAAGUUAUCCGGCAUGAGGAUUUGCAAGGAGCUCCACUUUUAAUACUGGCAAACAAGCAGGAUCUUGAUAAUGCUGCAUCUUCUGACGAAUUAGCUCGGUAUCUAGAUCUCAAAAAUUUGGAUGAAAGGAUUUACAUAUUUGAAGCUGUUUCAACAUUUGAUGGGAUGGGGAUUAAAGAGAGCAUGGACUGGCUGGUGGAGGUUAUGGAGAGAAGCAAGAGAACCGAAAUGUUGAGAGUUCGUGCAGGCGUGACAGGCCCAGCAUCUGCUUAGAAAAUACUAAAUCAACUCAGCUUGUGUCUUUCACUGCUUCCGAAACUUGUGUAGAGAACCAGAGGUUGAGCUUUUAUCUUGCAUGAUUAAAACUUAAAAUCUUUUACACACAUCUUUGGCUAAGUAUUACGCCUUCUGGUAUAAUUUUAUGUGAAAUUGCUUAUGAAAAAAUAAUUCUGGGUGAAAAUUGAGUCAAUAUUCCUUUCUGUGAACUACCUUGUUUGGGGUAUUUCUGGGUUUCCGCAGAAACCGAUUGGGAAACAAGAAAAUUCAGUUAUAAAUUUAUAAUAGCAGAAGAAUUUGUGCA